UUUUUUAAUUAUUUUGAUAAGAAUCACUUAUUUGUUCAUUUCAGUCUACUCAUUAGCUUUUACGGUGUAGUGCUUUUUAUAUAGUUUUGCUCUUUAUAAUAUUCAAUCAUGAUUUUCUUUACUGGAAGUAGAAUAAUUAGCAUCAGAAUGCAACCAGCAAAGUUGCUGAGGGCGAUGGCGGCGUACUCAACAAAAGUUUCCCUGAACGAGGUGGUCAUAGUGUCAGCCGUGAGGACUCCUAUUGGAUCCUUCAGAGGCAGUUUGGCCAGCCUCUCGGCUUCAGAAUUAGGAGCUGUUGCCGUCAAAGGUGCCAUAGAGCGUGCAGGAAUUCCAAAGGAGGAAAUUAAAGAGGUAUACAUUGGCAAUGUAUGCUCAGCAAACAUGGGCCAGGCUCCAGCACGACAGGCUGUCAUAUUUGCCGGUUUACCUAAGAGCACAAUUUGUACUACAGUCAACAAGGUGUGCGCUUCAGGCAUGAAAUCUGUAAUGCUGGCUGCUCAAGGGCUACAAACUGGAGCCCAAGAUGUCAUAUUAGCCGGUGGAAUGGAAUCUAUGUCAAAUGUACCUUUCUAUUUGAAGAGAGGUGAAACUACUUAUGGUGGCAUGCAACUAGUUGAUGGUAUAGUAUUUGAUGGUCUCACUGAUGUUUAUAACAAAUUCCACAUGGGCAACUGUGCUGAGAACACAGCCAAGAAACUGGACAUCUCAAGGAAGCAGCAAGAUGAAUAUGCAAUUUCGAGCUACAAGAGAUCAGCUGCAGCAUAUGAGGCCAAAGCUUUUGCUGAUGAAAUCGUCCCAGUACCUGUACCACAGAAAAGAGGAGCACCACCAGUAAUUUUCGCCGCAGAUGAGGAAUAUCACAGGGUAAACUUUGAAAAGUUUGAAAAACUAUCAACAGUGUUCCAAAGGGAAAAUGGCACAGUCACCGCUGGAAAUGCUUCCACAUUGAAUGACGGUGCUGCAGCAUUAGUACUCAUGACAGCUGAAGCUGCACAGAGGUUGAAUGCUAAGCCAUUAGCACGAGUUGUUGGUUUUGCUGAUGGAGAAUGUGACCCUAUUGAUUUCCCUAUUGCCCCCGCUGUUGCCAUUCCCAAACUGUUAGAAAAGACUGGAGUUAAGAAAGAUGAUGUUGCUUUGUGGGAAAUCAAUGAAGCCUUCAGUGUUGUUGCAGUGGCCAACCAAAAGCUUUUAGAUUUGGACCCCUCUAAGGUCAAUGUCCAUGGUGGAGCUGUAAGUCUUGGCCACCCAAUUGGAAUGUCUGGUGCCAGGCUUGUUGUCCACUUGUGCCAUGCUCUGAAGAAGGGAGAGAAAGGAGUAGCAUCUAUAUGCAAUGGUGGCGGUGGUGCAUCAUCUAUUAUGAUUGAAAAAUUAGGGGACACUGUUGAAGGACCACCAACCUUGACAUUCUACACUAAAGACCCGUGUCCCCUAUGUGACAUAGUUAUGGAAGAAUUAGAACCAUACAAAGAAAGACUAAUCAUUGACAAAGUAGAUAUCACGAAGAAGGAGAAUUUACGUUGGUUGAGAUUGUACCGAUUUGAUAUACCAGUAUUAUUUCUUAAUGGUAUUUUUUUAUGUAUGCAUAAAUUAGAUAAAGAUUUGUUAGAUAGAAGAUUGAAAAGAAUCCAAAAUGAGUCUUAGUACAAAUAACUUGCUAAACCAGUCUGGUCAAGUCAGUAGGUAUAUAAGUAACAAUGCAUAUUUAAUGGGUUUCUGUAAUAGAAUAAUAAUAGUGUUUUAUUCUAUGAGAAAUGUUUACCUUGAAAUCUUUACGUAUAGGUAAUUUAUUCAGAUAAAACAGCCUAUUAUAAUAUGUCCCACACAAUCAACCAGAGGGUUUGGAGCAUGUGAGCAGGUAGGGCUAGUAGCCGGGACCAACGGCUUAACGUGCCUUCCGAAGCACGGAAUCGCUCACUUUUUCAGCAAAUCAAUAAAUUUAUUUUAUUCUUA